AAUCACACAGACAGAAAAUCAGCGCCCUACAUAGGCGACAGUAAGACCCAGUGGAAGCCGCGCGCUCCGUUCAGAGAGCGACAUGACAACCGCGAUCGACUGAUGCUACACACACACGCCACACAGCGCACCUCACCAACACUCAUUACAGUGAACUGAAGCUCUGGAGAUGCUGAAAGUGACAAUGCCCGCCUCUAGAGCCGCUCCUGAAUACUGGAUCGACGGAUCCAAGAAAGAGACCCUGGCGGACUUCUAUGAGCUAGAGUCUGAAUUGGGACGGGGAGCCACAUCAGUGGUGUUCCGAUGCCAUCAGAAAGGCACCCAGAAGCACUAUGCUGUGAAAAUGCUGAAAAAAACAGUUGACAAGAAGAUUGUACGAACGGAGAUAGGUGUAUUACUGCGCCUCUCUCAUCCAAAUAUAAUCAAACUGAAGGAAAUCUUUGAGACCCCUGCGGAGAUUAGUCUCGUGUUAGAACUUGUUACCGGCGGAGAAUUAUUUGACAGGGUGGUGGAGAAGGGUUACUACAGUGAACGAGACGCUGCUGAUGCAGUUAAACAAGUGCUGGAGGCAGUCGCGUACCUGCAUGAGAAUGGUAUAGUGCACAGAGACCUGAAACCUGAGAACCUGCUGUACGCCACCUCAGCGCCAGAUGCUCCGCUCAAAAUAGCGGAUUUUGGUUUGUCGAAAAUUGUAGACGAUCAGGUAACAAUGAAGACUGUGUGUGGGACUCCAGGCUAUUGUGCUCCUGAGAUUUUGCGGGGAUGUGCCUAUGGCCCUGAGGUUGACAUGUGGUCUGUGGGAGUUAUCACGUACAUUUUGUUAUGUGGUUUUGAGCCCUUUUUUGAUGACAGAGGAGACCAGUACAUGUUUAAACGCAUCCUGAACUGUGAAUAUGAAUUUGUCUCCCCCUGGUGGGACAAUGUGUCUCUCAAUGCCAAGGACCUUGUGAAGAAACUGAUUGUCCAGGAUCCAAAGAAACGGCUGACGACACAGCAGGCGCUGCAGCACCCCUGGGUGACUGGAAAGGCUGUUAACUUCACUCAUAUGGACACGGCUCAGAAGAAACUCCUGGAGUUCAAUGCUCGAAGAAAACUCAAGGCAGCGGUCAAAGCGGUGGUAGCUUCAACUCGAUUGGGCAGCGCAGGAAGCCAUGGCAAUCCAGACAGCAACAAAACCGACAGCAGUCCCUCCUCUAUCAAAGAGAAGAUAGCAGAGGUUCAGCCAGACACUGAACAGCCUCAGAUUCAGAAUGAAGGCUCUUAGAUCUCCACAGAGCCUCACUGGAACUCAAACUUCUUCCCUUCAAGAAAGGAAUGUUACUUUUCGCAAGUGGGCCUCAUAAAGGACAGAACGGAUGGGCUUUGUUUGGUUCUCCUGCAUGCGGACUUGUUUGUCUAUAGAAACGUCCCACAUUGUGACUCAGCCAGUUGCCAUACCAUGCCAACAUUUGAUAAGUCCGUAACUUCGGAUUUUGUACAGUGAACGAACAUCAUUGGAUGGUAAUGAGAAGAACCAAAUGUCUUCAGAUGAUCAUUACAUCUAUGGCAAUUAAUAUUUAUAUUAUCAUGCUUUUUUUAGAUAAUUGCCAUGUUAUCAUAGUACUUUCAAGGACAUAUUUUGCUUUUUAGCUGUAUAAACCACAUUUGUGCUGCUUUUUAUUGAAAUCGUUUUAUUCGGUAAGGUUUUUUACUUAAUAUUGGUCACUGGUAGAGAAGGAAGUGGACAUUGAACUAAACCUUUACAUAAGCUUCAACUGAGAAUGCCUUAUCAUAUACCAUUUUUUAUAAUUAAUUCAAAAUGAACAUUUUAAAAUACUACUAAACAAUUUGUCUUAAACUUAGACAAUAAGCAUACUGUCCUUUUUUUAAAUAGGGACAUGCGGAUUUCUUCUUUACUUUAAUUUAAAUCUGUGUUGAGAACAUGAUAUUAGGCCUAUCUGACACACACACACACACACACACACACACACAAAUUGCAAUGAAAAACACUCCCUUGUGCCAAAAUGUUCUUCAUUUUAAGUAGACUUUUCAUCAUCUCACAUAAAAAGUCCUGCUAAUUUAGGAAUUUUCUUUUAAAAUAAUUCAAAACUAUUUGGUUUUUAUCUAAAUGCCUUACUGGCAAUGUAAUUCAUCUCAAAAUUCAUUGCUUUACCAAUGAGUCUGUGAUUUAAACACACAUAGAAGAACAUGGAGGAGGUUUUUGAACCUAUUCAAUAUUCUUUAAAGCAUGCUUGUAUUGUUUGGUAUGAGGGAAUGCUGUUUGAUAAUCUGAUAAUCACAUGUAAGGAAUGUAAUGUGGAUAUACAGGGGUUCAUGUUUUGCAUGUAGGAAUGUUAUCUUAACUGCUGCAAUUGUCUUUUUAAAUGCACUGUAUUUUACAGAUAAAACUUGCUGUCUAAUUAACAGUAUGAUAUUGGAGGCCAGUUGAUGGUCACUUUGUACAUGACACUAGUGUGUCAACUUUGUUUAUCUGCCUGUUUCUUAUCUAAGGACUCAAAAUGCCAAUAAGAUAGCACUGAAUAUUACUUGCAGAAAUAAAGAAUGCAAAAAAAUACAAAAAAUC